AUGCAUACGCAUGAAUAUGAAGUUGAAACAAUCCUUUGUGCCCGUGUCGUCAAGAAAACACCGAGGAGUAAACAUCUUGUCUGGAAAUACAAUGUGAAGUGGAAAGGAUACGAGAACCCGGAAGAUAAUACUUGGGAGCCAACCGAAUCAUUCAAUGGUUCUGAACAUUUCAUUGAAGCUUUUUGGAAGAAAGUCGACACAGGGGGGCGGAGCGUGGAGAACUUGAAACUUUUCAAAGAAGGAGAAGAGUUGUCUCCAUUUGAGAGCCGGAAAUGUGCGUGGAAUGAACGUGGACGCUUGAAUAAACAACUCCCUUCAACACGUAAACCUUCAAGGAAGUCGAACGAGACUGAUAAACAUGACCUGCCCCCUACGCGAUCCGGAAAGCGCAAGCGCAAUUCAGUUGAGCCUGUGGAAACGGAAUUGCCAACUACAUCUAUCCCGACAUCGAGAAAUUCACGUAAAGCUCGUCGUGAACAAUCCCCACUCGAAUCACAGUCACGCCUUUCGCAAGAUGUUGAGGAGGGAAGGGUGUCUUUAUCCGAAAAUGACUCAAAUUCGGAAGAAAAGCUCACGUCCUCUGACGAAAAGCCUCCGCGAUACAGAAAUGGCAAGAACCUGACUCCAUCCGCAGAGUGCACCCAAUCAGCAGAACAGAGUGCCUUUCCAGAUAUGCCAGAUCAUCAGACGCAGCCGUCCAACGCAUCCAGAGUACCGGCUCAUCGUAUUCGUGCCGCUAAUCCUCUAGUCAAGAUGAUAGACGGUGAUAUAAACAUGGAAGGCGCCAUUUCUACCAAGGCCCGCUUGUUCGCGGGUCUGUCAAGUGGAGGACCUCAUAGUAGUCCUUCCCCGCAAUCACAGCAACGGCAUCAAUUCGACUCCCUUAGAACGAAAAGCCAGAGGAGCACCCUGUUCACCGCACAGAAAGGAAAGUUCAGCUCACUCAAAGGAAAACAAUCCGUACACAAUGAAGCACAGGGACGUAAUCGACCGCCUGGAGGCGACCCUUCUGCGACUUCAUCUUCCCAUCAUACGCCCGUUUUGGAAUCUCCCGACGAGCCCGUCACUGCCUCUAGAUCUGGAGAACUUUUGCAGUUGGCUGGACAGGAAGGGAAUGCCGAAGAUCUGGAAGAUUACGAGGAAGAUGUUACGGAGAGCCAUACAGCCAUUGGUGGGUCAGAAUCCAUAUUCCAACAGAGUCCUGCUCUAGCCAAAGGAAAGCUCUUCCCUUCCAAGUUAACGACUGCGUCACAAUCUAUCGGUAAUGCCAUAAGCGCAGCCUGGAAGAAGUCUACAAUAUUUGGCCCAUUGGCAAGUGGAUCGUACCAACCUCAGCCAACCGUUCAUGACACAGGAGGUGAUUUACGGUCGCCAACAUUCAUUUUGAACCUGGACGUUACGAUUUCUCUACCGGUGUCCUUUAUAACGCCAACCACCCCAAGCCCUGCUGGACCCCACCUCGUGGUGCCAAUUCACUCCAAUAGUCCUCCAGGCAAAUUCUACGACAAGGAAAGUGCCCUCGAGGUCCUCAAUACUCUCCGAACCGGUGGUCCGUGUGCCAUAGUGAACCAUGACCCCCAAUGCAGCGAGACACAAAAGGAUAUAUUUCACCAGUUUUCAGAGAGACUCUCCAAAAACGAGUUGGCAUGUUUUAUCGGUUUUCCAUCCGUGAUCGCCUCGCUGAUUUAUAUUUCAACAAAGUUCCUCGCGGUGGCUGGGACCGAUGUACUAGCCUUUUGUUCCUCUGCGAGUCUCUUGAUAUUCCAUAGACUCAACUUUCCAUCUCCUUUAGGUUCUUCGCCCAAUACCGUAUUAGUCAAGCGGGUUACCAUUCAGGAUCGUUCUGCCUACGCCACUGUUGCCCUCAAAGCCUAG